GACGCGGCCGAAAGAGGAUGUAUCUCGGGAGUGUCCGCAGCAGCAGCAGCAGCAGCGCCCUCCCUCUAUACGACCAUCUCGCUGUGGAUUCUGUCUAACCCCGUCGGAGGAGGAGGACGGCCCGUUCUCAGUCUCAAUAUAGACGGUCUCCGUCCUUCUGUCCGUCCGCCGCCGCCCCCUCAGGUCUCCUGGCGAAGAGCACGCCCCUGAAUCGGGCGAGGGGAACGGCCACCAAGAAUCCGGAAAUCAUCAUCCCCGAUGCUGGGAUCGUCACAUCCAGCAGCUCUCGAGACCUGCAUUAUCGGCGCGCGGACGCGAGAAGAAGAUCCUCAAGGAAGCCAAACAAAGAAGGCAGUUUAAAGAUUGAAGGACGCCACGCGAUGAGCUGCCGCCGUCCGCGAGGGUCUCCCCUCCGUCAGGGGACGCCGCGAGGAUACACUUCCUAGGUUCCCACGGUAAAAUGGAGAUCAUCAUCUCGCCAUAAUCUCUGUUCCGAGUGUCACCCCGCGUCGUCGGUGCUGGCGCCUCUCGAGGAGAAUGAUUUGAAUGGGUUCGCGCGACGACGACGUCUCCCUCCUCUCGGUGAGCACAUACAUGAAGUGCAGGGAGGGGCCUUGCCCUUCCUCGUACCCUGGGGAGAAGAAGAAGAAGAAAAAGAAGAAGAGUUCGACCCCGACGAAUCUGCUGCUGCUGCUGCCCGGAAGAGGAGUAGGAGGACCUGGAAUCCAGCCGGAGAACUUGAGUGUCCCAAGAAGGCCGUCGACUGACGCUGUUGCUGCCUCUUCUUCCUCCCGGAACUGGAUAAGAACGACUACCAGCAUCCUCCUGACGCUCCUGCAGCUGCUGGUCGUCGCGUCCUCGACUGCUGCUGGUCUCACCGAUCUGGAAAUGGAGACGAGAGGACGAUACGCCCACGAUUUUCCAGAUGAUUCCAGGCCGCAUGCCACCAAAACCCCUGGCGUCAGGGGCUCAGAGGGACGUCACGAUUUCGGGCUGCCCUUGGGCAGGGCCGCUGAGAGUCUGGAACAACUCGAUGAAAGGCGGAUCCUGUCACCUGAGAACCCUGCAAAGGCUGGAAUCGGCUUAAGCCUUCCUGGAAAAAGUCCCAUAGACAAUCAUUCCAGAAUCUCGUCAGGUCGUGAAACAUCGACUAUUACCCCGGUCGAGAAUCGGAGACAACAGAAGGACGGUGCUGGAAUGAAAUCCUGGAAUACAGACAAACGAAUAGAAGGGAAAAACUCGUUCUGGAAGAGCUUAUUCUCGCGAGGAACUCACGAUCCAGUGACAGACGUCUGCGAGACAAAUGCAACUGGAAAAGUAGACUGGAACCCAAAAAUGGAACGGCACUGGAAUAGCUUUUCCAGUCCUAAGACCCCUACAGAAGCUGUUGCCAAGGGCGCCGAGUCUAUCCCAGAGCCAGUUGCCAGCAACGUGGAUGAACAGAUUCCAGAGUGUAACGCCUCAAUACUGGAACCAUCCAGAUGCUGGAAUUGGUGGCUCCGUGAGGUCUUCUGAGGCACUUUCCAAGAAGAGGCCUAGUAGACUCAUACUCCGACCUUCCAGGCGGAUGAGAACUGGAAGAAGCGUCCCAUUCCAGGACCGGAGACCUAGACCACACUCUCCAGAGACGGGGACCAGUAUUCCAGAAAUCCUGGGACGUCUGGAUUCGAGGAAAGCCGAGGCCGCGUCUUUCCAGAAAGUGGAGGGUAUGGAAAGAUGCAGAAAGUUAACUUCGGGAGAAAUGGUGGGCGGAGGCUGAAGAGAAAGAUCGAAGUGUCGAGCGUCAGCGUCGUGGAGGGGGAGGAGGCCGCCCUUCCGUGCGAUCUCAGAUCGCCGAGUCCCGGUGACACCGUGCAGAUCAUCCUCUGGAUCAAGGAAGGACUGCACACGCCCCUGUACAGCUACGACUACCGUGAACUCCUGAGGGGACGCCCGAGGGAAACGAAGCCAGACGCUAACUCCACCCUGUCCCGGAAGACCAACUUCAGGACGGACAGGUCCCCGGCUGCCCUGAUCAUCGAAGACGCGGACGCCGAGGACAGCGGGAUCUACAGAUGCCGGGUCGACUUCUUGCAUUCGCCCACCCUGAAUUACAGGGUCAACUUGACGGUUUAUGUUCCACCGACGGAGGUGAGGAUCAGCUGGCGAGCUGAGAACUUGACUCUCAUCCAGGCGAGUGGAAACGAAGUAGGGCCCUUCCAGGAAUUGUCUCGACCGACCCUCGUCUGCAGUAACGAUGAUGGUUGGCCGCCUCCCUCCAUCCUCUGGUACGAAGGCAGCCAGAUGCUGGACGACUCGUAUUUCUUCCGCAACGACAGAGGGACGGUGGAGAACGAGCUGGCCUUCGACCCCCUGACGCGAGACGACCUCGGCCGUAACCUGACUUGCAUCGUGUCCAACACCAACAAAACGCGACCGGCGGCCAAGUCGGUUUCCGUCACUCUGAAACUGCGUAUCAUGGGCGUGAGAGUCAAGAACCUUGGCACCCUAUGGGCAGGGGAGGAAGCGAAAGCGGAGUGCCAAAUCUGGGGGUCACGGCCACCUCCCGUCGUCCUGUGGUGGCUCGGGUCCCAAAUGUUCCACCCUACGGAAACUAAGCACCUGGACAAUGAGCAGAACGUGACGCUCUCCAUUCUGGACUUCUACCCGAAGGCUGUAGACGAUGGGGCGAUGCUCAUAUGUCAGGCCACCAACGAAAUGCUCCCAGAUCAGGCGGUGCAGGAUUCCACGAUCCUUGCCGUGAAUUACAUGCCCGUAGUCAACGUCCACUUAGGGAGGUCCAUCGACCCGGAAAAGAUCAAGGAAGGGGACGACAUCUAUUUCGAAUGCUCCGUCGCUUCGAAGCCUCCAGCCAUCAACGUCGUCUGGAAGCACGACGGGGCGGCGCUCAAACCUGGACCCGGACUGAUCCUGUCCAACGUGUCACUCGUGGUCCAGGGAGUCACCAGAGCACGUGGGGGCAACUACACGUGUCAUGCCACCAACGUAAGAGGCACCUCUGUCUCUCGGCCCCUGCACCUUGAUGUCAAAUACACGCCCGUCUGCGCCACGGAGCGGAGGCAGCAGCAGCACUCGGUGGGCAAGGAAGAAAACGCUGAGAUCUCCUGCAAGGUCGAUGCCAACCCCAAGGAAGUCAGCUUCAGGUGGACAUUCAACAACACCGCUGAGGCGAUAGAUGUUCCGCAGGGCAGGUUUGGCGUCGUAGGCACCGAAUCCCGUGUGAAUUACACUCCUAUGAAUGAGCUCGACUACGGGACGCUUCUGUGCUGGGCUAACAACUCCAUAGGUGUGCAACAGCAUCCGUGCGUCUUUCAGAUAGUAGCCGCAGGGAAGCCGGAUCCUCCCCACAACUGCCGCGUAUUCGACGUCACGAUCAGCUCCCUGCAGGUCAACUGUCUGCCGGGCGAUGACGGAGGCCUCCAGCAGACAUUCAUGCUUCAGGUAUACAAAGUGGGCUCGACGGUGCCCGUUGAGGAGGUGACCCACUCCUUCCCCUCCUUCAGCGUCCGAGGCCUGACACCCGCGACGUCCUACAGGAUUGCUCUGGCUGCCCUUAACGAAAAAGGCGCCUCCAGAAUGAUGGAACUGAACGCCUACACCCUGAAAGUGAUGGAGAGCCUCGAGGAAACCAGUGCAGCAGAGCCAACGCGCGACAGAGACCGAGGCCCGAGCAUACCUUUGGCAGUGCUCAUCGGGGCAGUGGUGGUGUUCGUCCCGGUCGUCAUAGCUUCCAUCGUCCUGGUUUGGCUGAAGGUCCGCCGCAGCGCCGUCCCCCCCGACGAGGGCAGCAGGAACGUCAUUGGCUGCGACAGCGGGAGCGAAGUGGACGCCAACACCCACUCCAGCCACAGCAGGGAUCCCACGGCGUCAUCGGAUUUCGCCGCCCUGUCCGACAUCGUCACCAUUCCGGAGGGUUCCAAUCCAGACGUUGUUCUGAUAGGCGACCCAGCUCCACCCUGGAGGGGGCAGACCGGAGAUAUAUCCACCAUCUCCUCGCCACCUUAUUUGACAAUGGAUAGCGAGAAAAGAUAUUCAGCCUCAAACGCCAGGGUGACAUCGGCCACGUCUUCGGAAGGUGGGGCGCAAUACAAGCAGGUCGUGAACCAAGAACAUUCCUACAGUUAUCCGGAGGCCUCUGGCAACCUACAUAAACCAGGGAAAAUGGUCUCCGAAGUGCCUUAUUUCAUCGAUUCCGACAACCUCCAACAGGUAAAGAGAACACCCACCAGGUCACCAGCUCUCCAGAGGUAUGAGGCUAACCUCCUCCACUUCGCCUCAACCAUCGAGCUAAACGACCCUAAGAGGUCUUCUGUAGCACCCAACGGGGAGCGAAAGGAGGCGUGCCCUUGUGGUGGGCGAGGCCCUGGACAAAGCUUCCCACACAUACUCCCAGCUCAUCAGGGGUCCUUACCGAAACCUGCUGCCACCGGCAGCUCAAACUCGUCCCACUGCUGCUGCGGCGUCCACAGGCCCUACGAAGACGGGGCCUGGAAGCAGGGUGUUACUGGAGUCCAGACCCUGCCCAGGAAGGGCUCUGCGAAAUUGUUUGCUCAAUGCGGAGGCUUGGCGUCCGGCCAGCAGCAGCUGCCGGCUUCCGCACAGUCCUUCGGGAAGUCCGCAGAGGACGUCUCCCGGAUUCCCGGAGCUUCCUCCGGAGCGUUCUCCUCGCAAUCCGGGAUGCCCCAGAACAGGCCGGGGGGCUACCAGACGGCGUCGCUCAGCCGCAGGAGGGAGCAGCGAUCCACGGAGGCCGUAGAUGCUCAGUCGACUCAGCAGUUGCUGAAGUCAGCGCCAGCCGAGUGGCCUUGGAAGCAUAAAAGAGAGAGCGCCGUUUGAGGAGGUGGAUUUUGAAGCGUUGCGCUACCAUGUUUUUACACCAUUUUUGUCUCGUCUGCAGAUAGCAGAGCUGAACUUUGUAAAAAAAAAAGAGAGAAGAAAGACAGUUUAAGAAUGCAUAAUGAAUUUUGUAAGAUAAGAAAAUAAGACAAUUUAAGAAUGCAUAUCUCAGUGUAGGACUACCAUUGUUGACUCUGUCCCGUUUGUAUGUGCGUGUAUGUGUGUAUGUGCUCACACACACAAAGAAAACUGGCCAUAUAAUGUACGUAUUUCAUGUGAGUCUUACGUGUAUAAUUAUCUGUGAUUAUGUAUAUGUGUAUAUACAAAUAUUCUCCAUUUUAUAUGUCACAUUUACCCUGUUAAUUUGAUUUGUAAUUCACCUUUUUAACACGUUUAUUUAAUGUUUAUAUGAGAAUCCAUCUUUGAGUUGUGAUUAUAAUAUCCGCCAUCUUGGUUAUACACCAGAAUUCCUCUCCAGCUAUGGAAAGACUUUGAUUUUUUUCUUUUAUUACAAAAGAACGGGAACUGUAUAUCCGUUCAAAAUUGUAUAGCUGUAACUUAAACUGUAUACCUUUACGCACUUUUCCAUACGGAUUCAUCGUCGUGAUGUGAUAGUUUCUAUGUGAUUUUUCAAAUAAAAAAGACUUUGGAAAUAAAAAUGUUGGA